UAUAUGGGAGUUGUAUUGGGACGACUCUGCAGUUAUACUAGACCGGUGGCCUCCGAACAUGACAGAAGCAGAGAAGAAGGCGUACAAAAAAUGGAACUUGUGCGACACAUUUUGCUUGUUACUGCACGAGGUUUUGGAGAAGCAUUUGCAGCGUAAACAAGCCUACCUCUCGUCCAUCUUUGAAUUGAACAAUAACGUAAACUAUCCAGGCUAUGGAGCGACUACUGACUGGAUCGCGGUAACACCUCGACCUCGGAUCACCCUUGUCUCAGGGCAUGUACAACCCAAAGUCCUCUUACAUUCCGCCCUCUUUGUCUGCACCAAAGAAGGGGAUCAAUACGCCUUCGAUGGCACGGGUGAGCAAUUUGGUUGGAGUUCUUCGAGCUGGCUCCUCGAUCGAGAGGACUUUUGGGAGCAGCAUGCGGUAGCUGCAAAGAAAUGGCAAUGGGGUGAUGUGAACUCGGAGACCAUGCGCCGCAUGAUUUGUGCUCAAGACAAUGGAUACUGGAGCCUGAUCAUCUGGAGCUUUGAUGAGAUGUUUGAGAGCAUUGGUGGGGUGGUUUUGGAGAAAAUGUCCCCUGUCGCGCGUGUGAAGUAUGAUGGUCAUACCUCUGAGACAAAUACGGCAGUUGAAUGCUUUCAUUUUGAUCAAUCUCAUGCGGAUACUUCACCAGGCUGCCCAGAUGUCAUCUCGUAG